GCAGAUCCAAUGGGCAUGCAGCGCGCGCAGAUGUCCCGGGCUAGCGGGCCGUGACUACGCAGCGCGGAGACGACCCGGAGCUUGUGGCGCUGUGGUGUUUUUCUUGUUAUAAGGCUAGAACAUCACAAAGCACAUAUCAAUGAAUCAGCAAGAUCUAGAUCCAGAUAGUACUACAGAUGUGGGAGAUGUUACAAAUACUGAAGAAGAACUUAUUAGAGAAUGUGAAGAAAUGUGGAAAGAUAUGGAAGAAUGUCAGAAUAAAUUGUCACUUACUGGAACUGAAACACUCACUGAUUUAAAUGCUAAGCUGUCAUUAUUAAUUAUGCAAGUAAAAUGUUUAACUGCUGAACUCAGUCAAUGGCAGAAAAAAACACCUGAAAUAAUUCCUUUGACUGAAGAUGUUCUCUUAACAUUAGGAAAAGAAGAGUUCCAAAAAUUGAGACAUGAUCUUGAAAUGGUACUAUCCACUAUGGAGUCAAAGAAUGAAAAGUUAAAGGAAGACUUAGAAAGGGAACAACGGUGGUUGGAUGAACAGCAGCAGAUAAUGGAAUCUCUUAAUGUACUACACAAUGAAUUGAAAAAUAAAGUUGAAACAUUUUCUGAAUCAAGAGUCUUUAAUGAGCUGAAAACUAAACUGCUUAAUGUAAAAGAAUAUAAGGAGAAACUCUUGAUUACCUUGGGUGAGUUUCUAGAAGACCAUUUUCCUCUGCCUGAUGGAAGUGUUAAAAAGAAAAAGGUAAGUUUUAGAGAAGACAUUUAUAUUCUUAUAAAUAGAUUAUUUGAUGUUCCACAUGAUCCGUAUGUCAAAAUUACUGAUUCCUUUUGGCCGCCUUAUGUUGAGCUGAUUCUGCGUAAUGGAAUUGCCUUGAGACAUCCAGAAGAUCCAACCCGAAUAAGAUUAGAAGCUUUCCAUCAGUAAAGGGAUGUUUUCUUUUUUCACACAGUAAAAAAUCUUAACAUUCAAGUAUAUUGGAACCACAGGACUAUUUGGAUAAAAAACAUUAUUUGCAAAUUAAUUCACAUAGUCCAUCUUCCUUUUAUUGUUAAGUGACAUACGCUGCCAUCUGUUAUUCACUUUUACAUUGUCCUUUCUUAUUCAGUCAGUGCUUUGGCGUUUUAAAUUAUAUGGAUAAGAAUGCAGGUAGAUAU